UCGAACCUGAAAGAGAUCCGAAGCAGCGGUGAGGAUUUCUCCCAACGUGCAGGACGCAGCAGAGAGCGGACCAGGACCAGGACCAGGACCAGGACCAGGACCAGGACCAGGACCAGGACCAGGACCAGGAGCAAGCUGUGGACGGGACUUUUUUUUAAUUUUGAUUUUAUUUUUGCUGCUUUUCCUGGACCAUUGAAGGGUUUUGCAGACUGACUGAGAUGGGCUUUGAGUCCAGAGAAGGAGCGCUUGUUGCUUUAGUUUGACUCUGUGCGCCCCCCGGCUUCAAAGACCCCCACGCCUCAAGACCCCCGCCCCAGUCCUCCGGGGCCUCCCCCUGCAGAGAGGUGGUAAUGUUAGCGGUGGGUCAGAUGGACGGGUCCCGACAGAGCGCCUUCCUCCUCAGCACCCCUCCCCUGGCAGCUCUGCACAGCAUGGCCGAGAUGAAGACCCCCCUGUACCCGGCCUACCCGCUCUCCUCCACCUCCCCGGCCACCACCUCCCCCAACCCGGGCGGCAUGGCCGUGUCCUCCCCGGGGAUCAAGAGCUCCACGGGCUUGUCGCCGGGGCUCGGCUCCCCGCAGCAGUGCUCCUCCGCCACUCCCCACGGGAUUAACGACAUCCUCAGCCGGCCCACGGUGUCGCUGUCCGGCGGCACGGCGGUGGUGACCGCCGCCUCCUCCUCGGCGGGGAUCCUGUCGGGACUGCCCCGCUUCAGCAGCCUCAGCCCCCCGCCGCCUCCCGGACUCUACUUCAGCCCCGGCGCGGCGGCGGCGGUGGCCGUGGCCCGCUACCCCAAACCCUUAGCGGAGCUCCCGGGGAGGACGCCCAUCUUCUGGCCGGGAGUCAUGCAGAGUCCGCACUGGAGGGACGCCAGGUUCGCGUGUUCCCCCCAUCAGAACUCGGUGCUGCUGGACAAAGAUGGGAAGAGGAAACACACACGGCCCACCUUCUCUGGGCAGCAGAUCUUUGCUCUGGAAAAGACUUUUGAACAAACGAAAUACCUGGCGGGACCUGAGAGGGCCAGGCUGGCUUACUCUCUGGGGAUGACCGAGAGCCAAGUCAAG